GAAGAAGAUGUUUGAGAAAUAGAGAAAUUAACAUUAGUUUAAAAAUCAGAAUUUGAAAUAUAAUACUCCUAUGUGUAUUGAGGAGUCGACGGCGACGAAACAAGCGUGCAGACUCUAGGCUGAAGCACCUUGAAAAAUAAUCCGCUCUGAUCGGCGGCGCUUCCUUUCAUUCCCAAUGUCGGCAGCUGCAGCAACGGCGGUGGUAGCACUAAUUAACCACCACGCCACAUCCGGCGCCGAGAAACUCAAGCCCCGCUCUUUAUCCUCCCAUAAUCCAUUCGCCAAAAAAGUGUUGCGUGUCGGCAGAUUUUAUGCCCCUUCAAACAGGACUUUUCACAAACACCUUACCGGCGUCAAAUUCCGGCGGCCCUUCUCCCCCGUCAUGGAAUGGCAGGAUUGCACGGUGAAGAAGGAAAUAGACGUCCCGAUUUCAGUUGCUUAUCAGUGUUACUCUGAUCGUGAAGCCAUUCCUGAGUGGAUGCCCUUCAUAUCAUCCGUGAAGAUUCUGGAGGACAAACCUGACCUAUCAAGAUGGUCACUCAAGUAUAAAGCAUUUGGGCGUGAUAUAGAAUUUUCUUGGCUCGCGCGAAAUAUGCAGCCUAUACUAAACCAGAAAAUUCACUGGAGAUCUCUCGAGGGUCUUCCUAAUAGGGGAGCUGUAAGAUUUUUCCCUAAAGGUGCUGAUUCUUGUUCGGUAGAACUUACGGUUUCGUAUGAAGUUCCACCACUGCUGACUCCAGUGGCAUCUGCACUGCAACCUUUCCUUGAAAGCUUGCUCGUUCGCGGACUGGAACGCUUUGCAAACUUCGCCAAAACCUAUUCGACUGAAUCAAGAGCAUAGUUUCUGAAUUGUGCUAUGCAGAUGAGAAGUUAAAUUGAUAACUGUGAGAUACUCUGUGUACCUGUAAAGAUCAAUUCUUGUUGGCAAUAGAGUUUCCAAUUGUUUCAA